UACAUAAGUACAUGCAAGUAACAGAAUACAUUGUAGUGUCGAGUCGCUGCUCUAUCUUCCAACAUAUUUUCUCUAUUUUUCCUCAUAUCUGGCCGUCAACUUAACCCAGGACCUCUGUAAUAUGAAAUUUUCCCUCUGUAUAUUGGCAAUCCUGCCAAUAAUUUUGGGGGUUUGUCGAUCAUUCCAGCUCAAACACCACGACUAUGUGGAGCUUGUGCAGUCACUACGUGAAGUACACCAAAAUUGUCCAGAGAUUACACAGAUUUACAACUUGACCAAUUUCGAUGGGUUCUCUGACCUGACCCCCCUUGGUAACAGACUGACUGUGAUAGAGUUUGCCGCACCAGUAGACCCAGAGGAGCUCAAAGGAGCUCGCCCACAUUUCAAGUAUGUCGGUAACAUGCAUGGUAAUGAAGUGGUUGGUCGCGAAAUGCUGCUCAAACUUGCCGACUACCUGUGUGAGGAGUGGAACAAGGGGACCAACCCAGAAAUUGUGGAACUCCUCAAGAAGACUGUCAUUCAUAUCAUGCCGAGUAUGAACCCCGAUGGCUGGGAGAUUGCCAAUCAGCAGAUGGCCAACAAGAGCUGGUUGAUUGGACGUGCCAACGCCAAUGAUGCCGACCUCAACAGGAACUUUCCCGACCUUGACCGCAUCGCUUAUGGAUUAGAAAAAUUCAACGAACCCACCGAUAAUCUUUUUAUGCCGCAAAUGCUAAAUGACAACAGGAUUCAGCCUGAGACGAUGAUGGUGAUUAAGUGGAUCAUGAAGAUUCCCUUCGUUCUCUCAGCAAACCUUCACGGUGGUGACAUGGUUGCCAACUAUCCGUAUGACGAGAGUCGGUCAGGGCAGUCUCAGGAAUAUGCCAAGUGUCCUGAUGAUGGUACAUUUAAGGUUCUUGCUCUGGCUUACUCCACAAAACACGGCAUCAUGGCCAAGGAGCACAGGUCAUGUGACAUGAGCGAGAAGCCAUUCUACAAAGAUGGCGGCACCACCAACGGAGCUGCCUGGUACUCUCUUGCCGGAGGUAUGCAAGAUUUCAACUACCUGAGCAGCAACUGUUUCGAGAUCACUGUUGAGUUGAGCUGUGUCAAAUUCCCCAAGGCCGAAACGCUGCCAAAGUUCUGGAAGGACAACAAGGAAUCGCUCGUCAACUACAUGUGGCAGAGCCACAUCGGUGUCAAGGGUUACGUUUACGACUACCUGGCAGCCAUUCCAAUCCCCCAUGCCCAGAUCAGCGUCACAAAUGUGACCGGAGGUGUCAAGGGAGAAAUCGAACACAAUGUUGACUCAGUCAUGUAUGGUGAAUACUGGCGUCUACUGAAGGACGGCGACUACGUGAUCACAGCAGAGAAGGAGGGAUACGAACCAACCAUCCGUUGUGUUCGUGUUGAAAACCAAGUCAAAAAUUUCAAGGAGGCCCAGGUUGUGAAUUUCCCCAUGGUUGCCAAGGGUCAGAAGGUAGAUCUGCCAGAGGAUGAGUACAGUUGCUCCAGCUUCAUCAAGGAACUGCUCGGGCAGAAAUUGAACUACAUGUGAAUGUAGUUUGAGCUAUGAUUCUUUCAACAAUGAUUGGAAGAAACAUCAGCAACUCAACUGCCAAAGAAAUCACUAGACUAGUCACGAGGUACUGCCAUAAACCGGAUAUUCUAUUGCUAUCCUUGUUUCCAGGAGCCUUGACGAUCCAUAUAAGAGCAUUAUAAUGGCAGGUCAUUGGCAUCCUGGGGUGAGGUCAAUUGAAGUAGAAUAAUCCUGAAAACUGAAAAGUUGACCCUUCAUUUCAGCCAACUCACCCAAAGAAAUACUUGUUUUGGUCUCAAUUAAAUCUCCGGCUUUCAUGAAGGGGUUGACUGAUUGUUGUUGCACUAUAUUUUUGAACUUGUAUAGGACUUGUACUGUUUUUUGUUGGAAAAAUUCUCAAAAAAUGCAAAACUCUCUUGAAACCCCAAAUCUCAAAUGUGGGUAUUUUUUGUUUGUUUUAUUAACAAAGAAGGUUUUCAACGAGUGUUUAGGAAAAUAUCUCAGCAACUUCUAUUUGUUAUUUGUAAAACUGACAUAACGUUGUCAGGCAUCGAAUCAUUUUCAAUUUCAAUGAACCAGUGUUGGUAUCAUUUACUCUUAAGUUUUUUAUCAAAUUGUUUUGAAUACUCAAAAGAGCACUGAGUCACAGAUAUUUACUUAUCAUAUGACAGUGAAAUUGUAACAGUUUUGGAGGCAAGCAAGGUUUACUGAAAUUUCCACCUUUGGUGUAAAUGAGCUGUGUGUCCCUCAUUAUUAUUACCUCAUGAAAGAUUUGUCACUUGAAGAAAGAUAUUAUCUUGAUGUUUAAUAUCACCGGAGCAAUAAUAUCAGAAUUUGUGUGCAAAAAACGAAAAGUCUAGCUUUGUUUGCAUUGCAUUGCAUUUGUUUGAAAACUGGUGAAAUAUUUUCAUGUGAGGAACUACAGAUGAGAAUGUAAUAGUAAUUUUGGACACUACAUGUUUAAUGCAUGCACAACUAGUGUUGUUGUAAAUGUUGUGAGCACAUUUGUUCGAGAUCCACCGCCUUUUAUCAAGAUAAUGUACUUAUGAUAUAUUAUGUGUACAAUCAUGCUGUAAUCAAAAUGUAAUCAUUGGAGUCAUAUUGAAUAUUAUAUCCAGUUACCUUUAUCAAGUACUUAGAAAAAUUCACAAGUAUAACCCACCGCUUAAUUACUUAACAGUUUGGACUCAAUCUUAUAAAAUCAUUUUAUGAAUAAUGCCAAUCCUAUUGAAUCAUCAGGCAACUGGAUGGUUGAAAUAUAUUUAUCAAAAAAAUGACAUGUCUGUGCUUUUAAGGCUGAACUAGAACGCCUACAACAUGUUCAAAGACAGUAGGGAUGUUUUCUCAAUGCAUGCUGUUAUAUUCUGGUCAUCAUCAGUGUGUAUUUCAGCAAUUAGCUAUACCCACCUCUGCUGUGUUUCUGAUCCCACCAUGCGUUGUGUCUGGAAACGUUUAAAAUCCACCUAAAGCUUACACUGUUUAGACUUAAAGCACAUCUUUGAGUGUACCAAGAUUAAUACAAUCAGCUUAUACAAAGACUUGUAAACCAACCUUGCAAAAUACUUGGUGUUACGGCUUCUUCUUGACACACUGUAGUCAAACAAGAUUCUGGUUCAUGUAUUUUCGCUCAGGCAUAGAUAUCGGCUAAGCAUUCUUUAUCGGUUGUAAUCAAAUUUCAUCUCUAAGUAUCUGUCGGUGUAUUGUAUUGGUGUUUAAUGAAUGUUAAAUUCUAGGGGUAAAAAUGCAUGUUCGAUGAGCUUGUCAAGUUGUUUGUUCAUAAUCUCUAAAGCAUGAAAGGAGUCAUGCAUAAUGAUCAACAUAUGCAAGAGAACAAAACUAAUUUCACAUCAGAAGUGCCAAGAAUUUGAAGUCGAGGUGCAUUUUUAUCCAUGUUCUAUACUUUUGUGUUGUACUGUCCUCACACCUCUUCUAUCAACGAAAAUGAACCACGGUGCCUGACGAAUACUCCCUGAGGACAGGAAAAUGUGGCUUCUAUCCCACGGACCAUCAGAUAACAUAGUGAUGACUCAACUCUCCGAAUUUUUGGAGUUUCCUCAAUGUUACUCACUACUUGAAACGUGAUUAAGAUAUUUGUAUAAUGCCUGUGAAUUCUCAAAAAGAGGCAGAGUUUUAUCUGGUCUGGCACUGGUAUAGAAGUAGAGGUGCUUUGAUGUUCAGGUAUUAUUCUUACCAUGCAAGUAUUUAGCAGGCUGUUAGAAAAAAAAUCUUAUUUUGGCCCAAUAUAAGAACCACUGUCUUCUGAAUUUCUACUUUGCACCCUUUAUUCAGGUAUAGUCAGACGGCCGCACAAUAAAUGGAGCAAUAAUCGUACCAAGUCACCCCCCCCCUCUGCAAAUUGUCUUCAUUUGAUCUCCACGUCUUCGACUCACAAGUCGUAAGCUCUAAAUACUGUAUGGUAACCUCAACAUUGUUCAGCAUGUCUUGAAUAUGCUGUCCAACUGUAAAUUAGUAAAUAGUUGUAAAUUGUGUGACGCAUCUUGUACAACUUGCUAUGGUGAUAUUUAUUACAACUGUGAUUAAUCAUAUUCUAGGUGUAAUAUCUAUACAGUGUGUCUCAAAAAGGUUGUUAAAUUUUUCUUUUGAUAUAAUUUUUUGGAAAGGGGGUCAUAAUGAUAGUUGGUAGAAAGCAAUGAGGAUAGAUUCUUACCGUUAACAGCCAUGAUAGACUGUGACAUAUUUUUGGGGCACUCUGUAUUGAAUUAUUUAUGUAUUUGCUCAGAAGCUUUCUGAAUGCUACUCAAGUCCUGCUUAUAAUCAUUUCACAGCUGAGUUAACGUUACUGCCGAUGACCGGAUUUAUUCUGGAUUUAUAGCUAACACUGUACAUCAACCACCAGAGGUCACAUCAUGUACAGUACACCGUACACGUACUUGUAUUUUGGGUAUUGACAAUGUGGGAGACAAGAGAUUGCAUGUCGUAAACUACAAGUAUUUGAGAGCGUGGGAGAACUUAAUACCACCUAAGAAUGAUUCUGUUAUGUAUUACUAUUGAUUUUUAAAUUUUUAUUUUACAACUUUGAUUGAAAUUAAUCAAGUCGAUUGCUUCUUUUAGUAACUUUUAAAAUUUCUAUGAAAAAUUCUCGCUUGUCCCUUUAAGUUGCACUCAUUGUUUGCUUUGCAACCUGCAAUUCUAAAAUUUGGCUGUCAUGACAACUACAUGCAUGUCACACCAGCAGUAUUUCCAAAAUUGCUAUUUUAGGAAUGUUAUACAGAAAAACGUUGUGCAGUCAAGACGGGACCAUGACUGUUGUAAUUAACGUUACAUUCCAUUUCCCGAAUUCCAGAUUCUGAUAAUUCUAAAUUCUGAACAUGCAGAGUAUUGUCCUUUUGAAUCUGAUUUUGUGCCAUUCCUAAGACAUGUUAAAAAGAACAUUCCAAAUUCUUCCCUGCCUUCCCUCGUUUAAUAUAAUGGUAACACAAGAACGGGUAAAGGAUUUCAAGAUCACACAACUCAGGACUUCAUUUCAUGGAAUGAGACUUUAACACCUUCAGCGCCGAACCACGUAGAUCUACGUUGCCCAAAUUCCCCCUCUGAGCUGGUUAUCGGAGUCUCAUGGACUUCAUGGAAGAACUACGCCAUCGCCAUCUUCAGGGCAAAGUAGGAACUGAAAAGACCAAACGCUAUUUUCAGUUCGUACUGUGUCCUGAAGAUGGCGAUGGCGUAGUUCUUUCAUGAAGUCAAUGAGACUCCGAUAACCAGCUCAACGGGGAGGGGGAUUUGGGCCACGUAGAUCUACGUGGUUCGGCGCUGAUGGUGUUAAGGGAUCGUCUCAAAAUUGAUUGAAGCUGAAAUUAUUUCAUUACUCCCUCAAGCCCUGCAAGAUGAUGAAAAACAAUGCUGUCUUGCAAAAAUAUAGAGUAUUAGAGGCUGUAUUUCAACCCUUUUACUAGUUUUAGACCUCUGCGUCUGCAUUUGACACCAGUGUACCAUUUAAAGUACAAUGAAGCCACAGAAAAUGGAAAAAUGGAAGCUCUGAAAACCCCGAGACAAUUUAGUCUUUUUCAGCUUCAGUCAACUUUGAGAUAGUCCCUUUGUCAUCUGUCUCUGUAUGACAAAAUGAAAGGUUUUUGUAACGUCGUUUCAGCAUCUUGUUCAGUUACCAUGGUUACCUUAUCUGAUUCGCAGACUUUCUUGCAGAGUUCUUCCUAUCAUCUGAUCAUAGUCUGGUGAUUGUAUUUUGUGCAAUAAACAUUGUAUUGUUGUAAAAA